AUAAAGGUAGGUUGCUGGCAGAGUAAACAACAGACAUCAUUAGAGCAUCUAGACAGCAACUUCUAAAGCAAAAUCAGCAGCAACAACAUGAAGGUCUUCCUGUUGGUCGUACUAGUUGCUCUUGCAACUGCUGACGCAUCUCAGCUGAAAAAUUGUACCCCAAAUCCUCCAGUCAACGAGAGGGUGGACAGCGUCACCUCCACCACCAUCAAUAUAUCCUUUGAGGAUCCUGACGACAUGUCCUGCCCCAUCAUAGCCUACAAGACCCACUGGGAGACAGCCUUGUCCUCCAGCAUCACUCCGAAGGACGCAGAAGGAGAAGGAAACCAUCUUUACCACGUGGAGAUCACAGACCUCCUCCCCCACACCAGGUACAGGAUCUACAUCACUUCCAUAUCCUCCGACAUGGUCCAGUCUUCUCCUAAGAUCCUUUACGCAACUACGGAUUGAACGGCUCCUCUGGGAUUUAUAUAAAUGACUCUCCUUCCUCCACUUAACUACUUUUAACUGUUUUCUAGGAACUAUGUUUGAAUAAAUUCUACUUACGCA